CGGGGAGCGGGGUGAUGGAGUACGGGACGUGCUCUAUUAUACGGUUAUCGGUAAUCGUCUGUGUUUUGUUGCAGGCGACCGGGAGUGACCGCUUGGCCGGGGCCGGGCUGGUGGCGUUUAGCUCUGCGCUCUUCCUGUAUUACACUGUAUGGGUCAUCUGCCUGCCGUUCAUUGACAGCGACCAUGUGAUUCAUUCCUUCUUCCUUCCCCGCGAGUACGCUGUGCUGCUGCCCCUGUUGGCGGGGCUUAUUCUCCUCCUCCUCAUGGGUGUCUUUAUAACGUAUAUCAUGUGGAAAAGUCGGAGUCCGAAAAAGAAGUCACAGUGAAGACCUGCGCUGGUUACUGGACCCUUUUUAUGUGACUGAUAUCAACUGCAACCGUUUCUGCCCCCCUGAUAUGACAGCAGAACUGCACAUCAUGGGUUCUAUUCCUGCCCAUUAUAAUACUCUUCCUGCCUACAGCUGAUAAAUACCGCCACCUGGUGGCUGAACUGUGUUAUGAACGGUGCAGAUUUAAGAUUUUUCUUUGCGGAGACAAAGAUCUGCAUUUCCCCUCAGAUGACUGUUUAUGAUGCUUAUGGACCCUGAUAGAAGCCCCCGUGCAGUUAUUGGACAGGGAUAGCACAUUGGUUAUUGUAUAAUACAUAUCAAUAUAUACGUUAUUGAUUAGGUAUUAAAAUGCAUGGAAGACGGGACAAGCUCAGCGGACUCUAAUGCCACCUUUUCGAUCCGUUUCAUUCUGGAAGAAAGGACUUUUAAUCUAUAUGCAAUUGAGCAGUUAAGUGCACUGAGGGCCGACCCAAACCGCUCUGUGCACUUUGGCUCCUCUUGCAGCCUCUCCCUUUCCGUCUUGAUUGACUUGGACCAGGUUCUUGCAUAAUCAUCUCGCGUCGCAAAGAGAGGGAGGGGCUGGCAGAGGAAGCAGGACGAGCCAGGGUGCACAGAGUGUCUUGGGCCCGCCCUCAGUGCACUUAACGUCUCCUUUCACUGUGGAUUAAAAAUUUAAAAGCACCUUUUCCGGAUGAUCGUUCAGUGAAUAGUAUCAUUACAUUCGGCUGAGCUAGCCCUACAAGACAAUGUGCCGGUUGUAACGGUGAAUUUCCUGGCAACAUUCCCUCUAAUGACGUUCCCAUCGAUUGAAAAUAAUUGUGCCCCACAGAUGACGUGGGUCCCUAGUGAAUUAAUAGGCAGCAUUAGGAUAUCGCUGUUAUUUCCCCCUCUCUGUGUUCAGACCACUGAAAUACCAUGAAGGGAAAUGUAACAACCAAUGCAUUUGUUAAUAAAGGAUUCUUAUAUAUUG